GGCCAUGUGGCCCAUUCGGGUGCGGCCCAUGUAAGAAGGCGCGCGCCUGCUCUCAGCAGUGUGCUUCCGCCGCCGGCAAGGAGGAAGAGAGAAAAAACCCUAGAGUUGUGAGUGGGCGGAGGCGCGGCUGCUCGUCCGCGACAUCGAAUUUCAGAGCCGCCCCCGCGAGAUCCCGGCCUUCGUUCUCUUCCCCCGAGAGGUGCCGCAAUGGCUGGGAAAGGCGGGCCGACCAACUUGGAGAAGGAGCAGAUGUUUGGGAUGGCAGAGAAGGAGAUGGAGUACAGAGUUGAUCUUUUCAAUAGGCUUACACAGACCUGUUUCGACAAGUGCAUUGAGAAAAGGUAUAAAGAAGCUGAGCUCAAUAUGGGCGAGAACAGUUGCAUUGAUCGAUGUGUUUCAAAGUAUUGGCAGGUGACUAAUUUAGUUGGUCAGAUGCUUGGGAACCGUCCUCAGAUGUGAACUGAGAAGCACUAGUUCCAUUUUGUAGCUAUUGCUCUGUUUCUUCUUUUUGGUUGGCUUUAGAGUGCCUACACCUGCUACUAAGUACACCAAUACAGCACCAGACAUGCUAAUGCGCCACCGCUUUAAAGAAAAAUCACGGUGUCUUACCCUUUCCAGUGAUGCGCAUUCUCUCUGAAUCAUGAACAUGGAACAUGCCUGUAAUAAUUUGAUACAGCUCUAGAGUCAUUCUGUUUCGAAAGCUUGUCCUGUUUCGUAGUUAAAUUCUGGAUUUAUGUUCCUCCA